AUGGACUCAAAAACAAACGACGCGCAGCUGUUCCUGUCGAGUGUUUCGGGAGUACCUAACCGCCAAACAGGACCUCUUUUUGCCAGUCGUCAUGCAACUCAUCCGCAGAUUCCUGUGUCACUUCCAGCUAAUUUUGCCGUUGUUGGAGAUAACUUCAGUAACUGCACUGUCCGGCCGACUAUUUCGUCGUGUAAAAGGAAGCCGAGUGCCUCACCGCCUGCUCCAAAUGAUCGUUCUGUCGAGUCAUUUUCUAAUGGCAGCCCAGCUGCGCCUGAGUGUCGUUCCACAGCUUUCAAAAGCUGUGUCCAGGCCCCUUCACCGGUCAAACGCCCAUGCCAAAAUAGCGUUGGUCCGGUUGAGGCACGUGCAAUUGCAGCACCGAUUCAACAUCCUGCUCCACCUUUUCCAAGUGAUUUGACAAACCAAGUUGCACCAGUGACUGUAGUAAAUAAUGUCUUGUCUACACAACCUUGUGAAGAUGCUUCCUCUAACAUAGGAGUAGAAUCUGUUAUCUCGAACACUCCCUCAUCGACGGAUCAUGAUCGCUCAACUUCGGGUAAACUUGAGCAAGUUAUAGAUCACGUGCUCGAAUUGGCGCGAAGUGAUGAGCCACACGAGGACGUUUUUGUUUUGCCUGUUCGAACCCGGGAGUUUAUUCCAAUGCCGUCACCUCUAAAUCAAGGUAGUACACCUAGUUCCAGUCUUAACACUUCGCCCCCUGUAUCACCGUCUAGUUCCCCUCGGCUUAUAUCUCCCGCUUUUUCCAACUCCGCUCUUCCCCCGAACUCAAUGGUAAUCUCAACCCACUCUUUUCCCAGAUGCGCACCAAUCGAUCAGUUCCAGGGUGGCCUCCAAUUGCAUCAACGUCCUGCACCUUCUGGGAAUGGGUCAACCCCGGGUGCUAUGAUUAGCGAUUUGCAGCGCGAAAGGUUUCGUUUGCAACCUGUGCGUGAACCUACCACUCAAGUACCAGGACCGUUACCACCGUCGACUGUUGCGAUGCUAAUGAAAACGACCCCAACUGCAGAUUCAGUUGAUACGUCUUUCAUGCAGUCCAAAGGGAUAACUCAAGGUGGAUAUUUCGAUCCUUCAAGUACGGCUGUUCAACCGCAUGGGUACGGUCCUCGUCAAAUUGUGUCCAAAGUGUCUAUGGCUGUUGCCGAUACGAAGAUCACUGCAAACAUUGUACCGGUUCAGUCGGACAUCCAGAAGCAGUCUCUUCAACAGAUACACCAACAAAAUCAGCAACAUCUUCAACCCAGGGUGUUUGCAUACAUCCCUCAACGCCAAAUUUAUGAUUCCACAGGUCCUGUUUUUACUGUCCCUACGACUGUUCAACCUAGGCCGAACAUAUCAACUAAUCCGCUUGCUGUGAAGAAAGAAUCUACACUAGAGUUCGUGAAUCAAGCUAGCUAUUCACCGCAUACGCCUACUGUACCCAAUGGCGUUACCCAAGUGGCUUCCGCUGUAAAGCAGGUAGGUGUAGCCGCGCCUCACGCAAUGCAGUAUGCGGACAUGUCGAAGUCCGCUAUUGGGCCUGUUGCUGGAAGGAAGCGUUCCUCUACCUCUUCCAAAAGAAAAAAGUCUAAUUCGGGACAUCAGCCCAUCACUCAAGGUACUAAGGUCACAGUUUCCGUCGGACAGAUGGCGGCAGCCCGGAAUCCGCUCGUAGCUCCUUCGAAUAUGGAAUUUACGCAAUUACAGCCUCCACCGAGACAAACUGCUGCUGUUCAAGAGAUAUUGAACAAGUUAAUGUAUUUUGACUCGAAGAAAUUCCUGUCAGAUCCGGUGAUGGAGGCAUUUUCUUGCGCCCUACCUCCUCUAGCUGGUCCCACGUGUACAGUAAAUGCGACUUCAACAAAUGAUGAAUCCUGGCUGAAGAAUUGCGGCGCUAAGUACAAACGUUGCGGCCUUGCUCUGAAGACCGUCCCGCCCACCACCGGUUCCGAAUCUGCGGCCGAGCUGGGUGACCUUUAUUUGCAUCAGCGGUUGCUCCAGCCUUUGUCGCGUCCAACUAUGCAGGGUGUUGGCUAUGUGAGCAAAAUCCCAGAUGUCCCGUCUCGUGUUUGUGUGUCGCCUAAGCCCGUAACUUUUGAAAAUCGAAUGCAGUCUUUUUUUACGAGUAUAAGGCAAUCAGACUCUCCUCAUGCAUCAACCCCACUGACUAUGCCGUCGGAUGCUGCUUCCAGUGUUGCUGCCGCCGCUUCUGACUCACGGUGUUCAAUACUGCAGAUGCUGAAGACGCCAUGCCCCCCUCUUGAGGGUCCUGCCGAAAGAAAAACGCCUCCCCUUCCGCUCUGCCAUAUCCCAAACACGUGUUUGCUGAGAGCUCCUUCAUCUCAAAAGAAUCCUGUUGCUGAGACUAAUUCGAGCGCUUUCAUCGACUGUGAGACUGGGGAAGUUGUCGCUUCUCGCCGUGAACCAGUAGUACCUUCGUUCAUAAAUAAAUCCAAAUUCGAGGACGGAAAGGCCCGUGUUAUUUUCACAAUCAAUCCAGCUCAGUUUGAGGAUGUACCAAGGCUCUUGCAGUAUAUAUGUAGCCGGCUUGGAAUCAAUCCCAGCUGUGUCACUUACGCUAUGACAAACGGGGAGGGUGAAAUCACUUUCCAGUCCAAUGGUUCUACUCACUUCGAAGACAAUUUGCGUGAGUUUGAAGCCCACUUAAGGCAAUACUUUCCGACUCUGUUGGUCCGAAUGGGUUCAGCGGCUGCUCAUGAAAAAGUCGAGGAUACUGGAGAAAUUUCGAGCCAAAUGAAAUUGUUUGCUGAGUUACAAAAGGAGAAAUCAGAGGACCCCUCCCUCCAGAUGUUUGCUACCGUUAAGCACAAAGAAGAACCGAUUAGUGUGGCUUCAAUUUUGUCCUCAAAGAGACCAAGUGGAGAAUACUGUCGCGUGUGUAAUUCUGUUGUCCCACAAGGCAAGGGGCUGAGACGGAAGCUUGAUGAGAUAGCUGGCGCCGGUUGCGCCUCUUGGACAAUUGACCAUGGCUACCAUUGUUCUGACGUCCUCGCAUUUUGUAGUGAUGGGUGUUUGGACAAAUUUGGCGCCUUUCUCUCUUCAUGCACACCUCCGCACUGUAACGCGCAAGCUAACAACAAUGCAUCGGAUCAGGCCCCCUCCGUGGCUGAGUCGCGUCAUCACCCUCACCAACUCGUCUUCGGUGGCAUUCCGGGCACGAUUCCUGUCCUCCUACAGCAUUUGCCCCACAAGAGCCUCAAACUGCAGACCCUCGGUCGCCGCAAUUCGGCUCUCGCCGUUGGAAAACGAAAAGUGUCACCUAAGCAGAAGAGGUGGCGCGAUGUGCGUUGGCGUGUCUACAGGUCCGACUUGUAUCACACGCGAAAGUUUGCCACUGUUCCCCUAACCCCGGCUGAAAACGAAACGAACGCUGAGCUACACCGCACAACCAUCCGCGACUUGGAUGUCGCAGAUUUACGGUCGUGCAUCUUGUGUGGUUCCAAGGGCGAUGCUAGUGUGUCAUCGGCGGAACGUCUCCUGUGCCUUGGGAUUGAUCGGUGGAUUCACCUGAACUGUGCUCUUUGGUGUUACGAGAUCUACGAGUCGGUGAGUGGCUCCCUACACAAAGUGGACGAGUGCAUUGAUCGCGCUCUGAAGACGGUUUGCUCACACUGCGGAAAGUUCGGUGCGGGUCUGCCUUGCUACAACCCACGAUGCUCUCUUGUGUACCACGUGCCGUGCGCCAUUGAUGCUGGUUGUAUGUUUUUUACAGACCGUGGAAUGUACUGCCCCAAUCACCAACCCCGCGAUCCUCAUCCUAUGCAGCUGACUUCGUUAACGGUGAGCAGAAAGGUGUAUCUUACUCGGGACGAGGGCGCCCAGGUUGCCAGUGUGAUACAAGACGAGGCACGCUCCCGCCGGGUUCGCAUUGGUAGCGUAAUUUUGCACAAUGUUGGGCAGCUACUGCCGCACCAAAUCGAGAACGAGAAUUUCCACAGCCGGAAGUACAUCUACCCUGUGAACUUCCUUUCCACACGAAUUUAUUGGUCGAUGCGCCGUCCUGGUCAGCGCGCACUUUACCACUGUGAGAUCAAGGAGUCCAAUGGUCGGCCUUUAUUUCAAGUCACUUCUGUCGACAAGGGUCUUCCGGAUGUUGUGCUUCAGAAUGAAGAUUGUAACGAAUUAUGGAAAGAAAUUUCCAGGACGAUUCGGCAACUUCGCCAAGCCAAUGGUCUUAUCCAAAACUUUCCUGAUCGGCUUCGGGGAGAAGAUAUGUUUGGUCUGUCGGAGCCACAGAUUGUGCGGGCAGUUGAGUCGCUGCCGGGUGUAGACAACCUAGUCGACUACGCCUUCCAUUUUGGCCGCCUGCAACUUAUUCCAGGAAUGCCACUCGCCAUCAAUCCUUCGGGGUGCGCUCGUUCAGAACCCAACUUUCUCACCUACCUCCGACGCAAGCGGGCGUUUGUUAGUCCCCACGAGAAAUCUCCCACAAAGUCAGCAUGUCGCCAAUUCAGGAGUUACGGCCGCCAACCUACUGGAAUAUCUACUGCAUGCGAACUCCAGUCGUGGAAUCGUCUGUCCAUGGAUCUUGGAGUACCGAAGAAUUCUAGCUUUACCAGCUGGUCGCAUCAGUAUCGACACUUGAAGAGAGAAUUUCAAAGCAAUGUUGCUUUUGGUCGGUCGCGUAUACAAGGCUUCGGGCUGUUUGCUGCGCAUGAUUUGGAGCAGAACACGAUCGUUAUCGAAUACAUCGGUGAGCUUAUCCGACUUGAGUUGGCGAACAAGAGAGAGAAGGAGUAUGAGUCGCGAAAUCGGGGCAUAUAUAUGUUCAGGCUCGAAGACAACAUGGUAAUCGACGCAACCAUGUGUGGGGGUCCAGCGCGCUACAUCAACCACUCGUGCCAACCAAAUUGUUUCACAAAAUAUGUGAAUUUUGAUAACGAAGGGCAUAUUGUGAUAGUCACUAAGAGGAAAAUCGAGAAAGGCGAAGAGUUGACCUAUGACUACCAGUUUGACCUUGAGGAUCGGCCAAGCAAAAUCCCCUGUCUCUGUGGGGCAGUUGGCUGUCGAAAGUGGAUGAACUGA